GGGAUCUUCAAUUAUCAAUGCUCCGUAAUUCCGAAUGGGCACCUGGGAAGCUAGGCGUCGACUAUUUGCGAGCAUGUUUGUCACACUAUCCGAGCUGUCGGAUUAUAAACUCUGUUUGCUACACUUCCUACGGCCACUCCUAAGCUUGCCUGCUUCUCCACUCCACGGCUUUCCAAUUAGCACACUUCCGGCGGUCCAGAGAGGCCAACCAACAUCUAUCCUGGGGGGGUGUUCGCAAAGCAUGACAGGGUACGGAGCGCGCUCCGGUAGCUUCUCUCCUGGUCCUCGUACGUCCAACGCCACGUGGUUGUACGGCCUAUGGUCGGAUGUGGGUGGCAGGUGGUCCAGACCUGUCCAUUGCCUGCACAGCCGACAUGCGUACAUAUAUGACGUAUAUCGAUAUCCUCCCUCGACCUUGCCGCUUGGGUCUUUCCGAAUCAUGGGACAUGGAACCACGUUUAUGAUGAGAGCGCAUAAUUACGCAAGUCCCUCUUGGUCGUGAACACUGGCGCGACUAGAUGCAAUGACCGAGGCCUCAUAUGCGCGCCAGCAUCUUAUGUUGCCACGGUCAAAACUCCGACGGUAAACAGGGAGCCGAUUACCAGGCUCCUGAUGGGUACUUGCGCCAUGAAGGCGUUAGACCUAGUGUUUCACAUCAGCUGAUAUUUCCUCUCACGGCACAGCAGUGUUCUCUGCUCG